ACGGCACUUCAAAGUCCUUCUCUGUGGAGACCGGAGAGCUCUCGUGAGGGCUUCCUGGACGGCGGGAUGCGGUGCAAGCCUGAGACAGACCUUUCAAAGACGGGUAUAUUCCAGAGAACAAGUCUUCAAACGUCUUUGCUGCAUUGACGCUGUGCUGUCAGGGGAUUCAGGCUUAUGAGGAGGUACUGUCACACGAAACAGUGUCUAGUGAAGACGCCGAGAAAGAGGGGAAAGGAUCAUCGGAAAAAGAAGCUAAAAACACUAUAGAAAACCAUGAGAUCUAUUAGAUCUUUUGCCAAUGAUGACCGCCAUGUUAUGGUGAAACAUUCAACAAUCUAUCCGUCUCCAGAGGAACUUGAAGCUGUUCAGAAUAUGGUGUCUACUGUUGAAUGUGCACUUAAACAUGUUUCAGAUUGGCUGGAUGAAACAAAUAAAGGUGCAAAAACAGAGGGUGAGACAGAAGUGAAGAAGGAAGAGGUCAUAGAUACCUAUUCCAAGGAUCAAGGUGGCCGGACAUUGUGUGGUGUUAUGAGGAUUGGCCUGGUUGCGAAAGGCUUGCUGAUUAAAGAUGAUAUGGACUUGGAGCUGGUUUUGAUGUGCAAAGACAAACCCACAGAGACCCUGUUAAAUACAGUCAAAGAUAAUCUUCCUAUUCAGAUUCAGAAACUCACAGAAGAGAAAUAUCAAGUGGAACAAUGUAUAGAUGAGGCAUCUAUUAUAAUUCGGAACACAAAAGAGCCCACAUUAACUUUGAAGGUGAUACUUACUUCUCCUGUAAUUAGGGACGAAUUGGAAAAGAAGGAUGGAGAAAAGGUUGCGAUGAAAGAUCCUCCGGACUUACUGGACAGGCAGAAAUGCCUAAAUGCCUUGGCGUCUCUGCGACAUGCCAAAUGGUUUCAGGCAAGGGCAAAUGGAUUAAAAUCAUGUGUAAUUGUCCUCCGCAUUCUGCGUGACUUGUGCAACAGAGUCCCUACAUGGGCACCAUUAAAAGGAUGGCCACUAGAGCUUAUAUGUGAAAAGUCUAUAGGUACUUGUAAUAGACCUUUGGGCGCUGGGGAGGCCUUGAGACGAGUAAUGGAGUGUUUGGCAUCUGGAAUACUACUUCCUGGGGGUCCUGGUCUUCAUGAUCCUUGUGAGCGAGAUCCAACAGAUGCUCUGAGUUAUAUGACCAUCCAGCAAAAAGAAGAUAUUACCCACAGUGCACAGCAUGCACUGAGGCUAUCAGCCUUUGGCCAGAUUUAUAAAGUGCUGGAGAUGGACCCCCUUCCAUCUAGUAAGCCUUUCCAGAAAUAUUCCUGGUCAGUUACUGAUAAAGAAGGUCCUGGGUCUUCAGCUAUGAAGAGGCCAUUUGAAGAUGGAUUAGGGGAUGAUAAGGAUCCCAAUAAAAAGAUGAAGCGAAACUUAAGGAAAAUUCUAGAUAGUAAAGCAAUAGACCUUAUGAAUGCACUAAUGAGGCUAAAUCAGAUCAGGCCUGGGCUUCAGUAUAAGCUCUUAUCUCAGUCUGGCCCUGUCCAUGCCCCGGUCUUCACAAUGUCUGUAGAUGUGGAUGGUACAACAUAUGAAGCCUCAGGACCAUCCAAGAAAACAGCAAAACUUCAUGUAGCAGUGAAGGUAUUGCAGGCAAUGGGAUACCCAACAGGCUUCGAUGCAGAUAUUGAAUGUAUGAGUUCCGAUGAAAAAUCAGAUAAUGAAAGCAAAAAUGAAACAGUGUCUUCAAAUUCAAGCAAUAAUACUGGAACUUCUACAACUGAAACCUCCAGUACCUUAGAGGUAAGAACUCAGGGCCCUAUCCUCACAGCAAGUGGCAAAAAUCCUGUAAUGGAGCUCAAUGAAAAAAGAAGAGGUCUUAAGUAUGAACUCAUCUCAGAGACUGGUGGAAGCCAUGACAAGCGCUUUGUGAUGGAGGUAGAAGUAGAUGGACAGAAAUUCAGAGGUGCAGGUCCAAAUAAGAAAGUGGCAAAGGCAAGUGCAGCGUUAGCCGCCCUGGAGAAGCUGUUUUCUGGACCCAAUGCAGCAAAUAACAAGAAAAAGAAGAUUAUUCCUCAGGCAAAGGGUGUGGUGAACACAGCUGUGUCUGCUGCAGUCCAAGCUGUUCGGGGCAGAGGAAGAGGAACUCUCACAAGGGGAGCCUUUGUUGGGGCCACAGCUGCCCCUGGCUACAUAGCUCCAGGCUAUGGAACACCAUAUGGUUACAGCACAGCAGCCCCUGCCUAUGCGUGGUCGAAGCAGCAGCGUGCAUGUGUGGACUGGCACCAGCACCUCGCCAAGACAUGCCUGGCCUUCCCCACAGGGACUCUGCCACCCCGACGCCCACAGUGGCUCCUCCGUGCUGGACGCUGCUGGAGACUGACCUUCCUGUCUGGCUGCUGCAGUUUGUCUGUAAUGCCCUGACAUGUUACAUUUUCCGCAUUUGGAUGAAUAAAAAUAAAAGCUUCUGUCUCUAAACAGCAAAGGGCUAGGCUGUUGUUUGCAGGAAUUGCUCUGGUGCAGUGAAGGCUGCCCCGGGGAGACCUUCGCAGCUCAGUGCAUGUUGUGGGGGUCUGAAGUCUCCUGGUGAUGGCCAGCGGUGCCAGGGCCUGUGUCCUGUUCUUAAAACUCUACUCGGCUGAUGGUGUGGGGAGUUCACUCAUCCUGGAACUCCAGCUGGCACAUAGCACGGUGGUAAGUUGUUUGUGAAUUUGAGCUUUAGAAUUGACUAGUUUUUCACACACCUCACUCACCCCUCACAGUGAUUCCCCAGGGUUGACCUGGCCCAGUUUGUCCACACCGAGGGCUGAGGAUAAAGGGAGAGUGGAGCUUCAAAAUGGCGGCAGCAGCUUGAAUCCAGAACUGACACUCUUCAUCUGGCUGUCCCCCAUCAACUGCCCCAGGAACCAAGGACCAGCCUCAGGCCCUGGAGGACAAAGGUGUGGGCAGUGGUUUUAGGGGGAACCAGGCCAGACCCCCCUGCCCUUCAGGACCAAGUUCUUAAGUACUUUGGUUUAAGACUCUCCCCUGGUUCCCUUCCUUCGUCUCCGGAGCCUA